CCGUGGGCACGCAGCGCACCACGCACACGAGACGAGACCAGACGACACGAGGCUCGGGCACCGGCAGGGCGCGGCGGACCCCGUUCGUUCAGCGGCGCGCUCGGUACCCCGCGCAGGGUCGCGAUGCUGUCCGGCUUGGCGCUCUUCCUCCUGGCCGUCUGGACGGCUCGGGCGCUGGAGGUGCCCACUGAUGGCAAUGCUGGGCUGCUUGCAGAACCCCAGAUCGCCAUGUUCUGUGGCAAACUGAACAUGCACAUGAAUGUGCAGAAUGGGAAGUGGGAGUCAGACCCUUCAGGGACCAAAACCUGCAUUGGCACCAAGGAGGGCAUCCUGCAGUACUGCCAGGAGGUCUACCCUGAACUGCAGAUCACCAAUGUGGUGGAAGCCAACCAGCCAGUGACCAUCCAGAACUGGUGCAAGCGUGGCCGCAAACAAUGCAAGACCCACACCCACAUUGUGAUUCCCUACCGCUGCCUAGUUGGUGAGUUUGUAAGCGACGCCCUUCUUGUUCCUGACAAGUGCAAAUUCUUACACCAGGAGCGGAUGGACGUCUGUGAGACCCACCUGCACUGGCACACUGUUGCCAAAGAGACCUGCAGUGAGAAGAGCACCAACCUGCACGACUAUGGCAUGUUGCUGCCCUGCGGCAUCGACAAGUUCCGUGGGGUGGAGUUCGUGUGCUGCCCACUGCCCGAGGAAAGCGACAACGUGGACUCUGCGGAUGCGGAAGAGGACGACUCUGAUGUCUGGUGGGGCGGAGCAGACGCUGACUAUGCGGAUGGCAGUGAAGACAAAGUUGUGGAAGUCACAGAGGAGGAGGAAGUGGCUGAUGUGGAGGGAGAAGAAGCCGAAGACGAUGAGGACGUGGAGGACGGAGAGGAGCUGGAGGAGGAGGCGGAGGAGCCCUACGAGGAGGCCACCGAGAGGACCACGAGCAUCGCCACCACCACCACCACCACCGAGUCUGUGGAGGAGGUAGUCCGAGAGGUGUGCUCUGAACAAGCCGAGACGGGGCCAUGCCGAGCAAUGAUCUCCCGCUGGUACUUUGAUGUCACUGAAGGGAAGUGCGCCCCUUUCUUUUACGGCGGAUGUGGCGGCAACAGGAACAACUUUGACACGGAAGAGUACUGCAUGGCGGUGUGUGGCAGCGUCAUGUCCCAAAGUUUACUCAAGACUUCCCGAGAACCUCUUCCCCAAGAGCCUGUUAAACUUCCAACAACAGCAGCCAGCACCCCAGAUGCCGUUGACAAGUACCUGGAGACACCAGGCGAUGAGAAUGAACACGCCCAUUUCCAGAAAGCCAAAGAGAGGCUGGAAGCCAAGCACCGAGAGAGAAUGUCCCAGGUCAUGAGAGAAUGGGAAGAGGCAGAACGCCAAGCAAAGAACUUACCGAAAGCUGAUAAGAAGGCCGUUAUCCAGCAUUUCCAGGAGAAAGUGGAGUCUCUGGAACAGGAAGCAGCCAACGAGAGGCAGCAGCUCGUGGAGACGCACAUGGCCAGAGUGGAAGCCAUGCUCAACGACCGCCGCCGCCUGGCGCUGGAGAACUACAUCACCGCCCUGCAGGCCGUGCCGCCCCGGCCUCAUCACGUGUUCAACAUGCUGAAGAAGUAUGUCCGCGCUGAACAGAAAGACAGACAGCACACCCUGAAGCACUUUGAGCAUGUGCGCAUGGUGGACCCCAAGAAGGCCGCUCAGAUCCGGUCCCAGGUCAUGACACACCUCCGCGUGAUCUACGAGCGCAUGAAUCAGUCUCUGUCCCUGCUCUACAAUGUCCCUGCAGUGGCUGAGGAAAUUCAGGAUGAAGUUGAUGAGCUGCUUCAGAAAGAGCAAAACUAUUCGGAUGAUGUCUUGGCCAACAUGAUCAGCGAACCCAGAAUCAGUUACGGAAAUGAUGCCCUCAUGCCAUCUUUGACUGAGACCAAAACCACUGUGGAGCUUCUUCCUGUGAAUGGAGAGUUCAGCCUGGAUGAUCUCCAGCCAUGGCAUCCUUUUGGGGUCGACUCUGUACCAGCCAAUACAGAAAAUGAAGUUGAGCCUGUUGACGCCCGCCCUGCUGCCGACCGAGGACUGACCACUCGACCAGGUUCUGGAUUGACUAAUAUCAAGACAGAAGAGAUCUCUGAGGUGAAGAUGGAUGCAGAGUUCCGCCAUGAUUCAGGAUUUGAAGUUCGUCAUCAAAAACUGGUGUUCUUUGCAGAAGAUGUGGGCUCAAACAAAGGUGCCAUCAUUGGACUCAUGGUGGGUGGGGUUGUCAUAGCAACGGUGAUCGUCAUCACCUUGGUGAUGCUGAAGAAGAAACAGUACACAUCCAUCCAUCAUGGCGUGGUGGAGGUGGACGCCGCGGCGACCCCCGAGGAGCGCCACCUCUCCAAGAUGCAGCAGAACGGCUACGAGAAUCCAACCUACAAGUUCUUCGAGCAGAUGCAGAGCUAAGGCCGCCGCAGCCUCGGAAGCCCGACAGCGAAACCAUCGCUUCACCACCCAUCGGCGUUCGUUUCUAGAGUCACGUGCGAAGAAACAAACCCUCCCCGUUUUAUUAUUUACUCAUGACCCAUCGCCUCAUGAGAGCUGUAACACAAGUAGAUUCCUGAACUUGAAUUAAUACACAAAUCAGCAAUGUAUUCUCUCUCUCUUUCUCUCUCUCUCUCUCUCCCUCUCCAUUUUUGGUCUCUACACUACAUUAUUAAUGGGUUUUGUGUACUGUAAAGAAUUUAGCUGUAUCAAACUAGUGCAUGAAUAGAUGCUUUCCUGACCAUUUACCGCAUACUUAGCCCGGCCCCUGUAUAUUAUAUUCUUGUGGUUUGUGACCUAAUUAAGUCCUACUUGAAGUAUGCUUUAAAACUCGAUGGGGGAAACGCGUCAUGUGAGCGUGGGAGUUUAGCGGCUUCUCUUGUCUAAGUAUUCUUUUCCUGAUCACUAUGCAUUUUAAACUUUUUUUUUUUAAAUAUUCCGAAUGAUUUAGAGAAUUUGUUUCCAUGGUUGCAUUGACCAUUGACUGUACAGGUUGCUGUUUCCGCUACACUUGUGAUAUAGGAACAAUGAGAAUACACGUUGAUUACUUUGUGCCUGUUUUAUGUGCACACAUUAA